UAUAUAUAUAUAUUCGAUAUUAUAUAUAUAUAUCUAUUUUUUUGCUGUUUUUCGACCAAAUUUUCUUCGACUUUUCCGCACGCGAGAGCCUUAAUUAUGAGCAAUUAUAAUCCGAAUUGCGGUUACUACGAGGAUUGCAGCUAUUACACGAACAACGUGUACCAACAGGAUUUUUGCAUGCAGCCGGAUUACGAGUACAACAAGCAUGUCUACGACCUCUUCGAUGCCAAGGUGCCCUCAUCGCAACGCUCUGGCUUCCACAUAUCGGACAUCCUGAAUCUGGAAGGAUCCGAGCUUAAGAAUGCCGCCGCUGCGGCAGCCGCUGCAGCGCAUCAGCAGCAGCAGCAGCAGCAGCAUGGCAGCGAUCUGAGUGAGUCCACCAAUGGACAUGGUCAUCAUGGAGGACAUGGACACGGCGGACCCUCGGCUUUGUCACCCACACCGGCGGCGGCGGGUUCCGGUGGAUCCGAAAUUCAGAGCAGUGGCACUGGAGCCGCGGGUUCCAGCUCGGCGGGUUCGGAUCAUCAUACCACCGAGCACCAUCAUCCGCAUAGCCAGCAACUGCCGCAUCCGCAUCCCCAGCAUCCACACCCGCACACGCAUCCACAUCUCCACCAGCAGCACUCGCAUCCGCAUCAACAGACGGUACCAGCCUUGCCGCUGAGUCAUCAUCAUCACCAGAGUGGUGGCAGUGGAGGAGGAGGAGGAGGAGGCGAUAGCCAUGCCCAGGCGGCGGCUCAUCUGCUGGCCAGCCAUAAUGCCGCCGCUGCUGCUGCCGUGGCCGCCGGUCAGUACCUGCCCAAUUUGCCCAAGAAUUUUGCUGGAAGCUUUGGGGAUGAGAUGUCCUCGUAUCAUCACAUAACCCAGACCAUGCUCCAGCAUACGGGGAGGAGUGCAUGGAUCAAGGAGAAUGAGCUAUAUGGCACUCAACAACCAGCCAGUCCUGAUAGCACCUCGCCAGUGACCUCAGAGGUCUCCUACACCUACAUUGGCUCCAAUUGCCAGACCUCACCUGCUCUUUCCGGGGAUUACAAAAGCUAUAGCCGAUCGGCGGACAGUGAUGCCCUUUCGGUGGGCGAUGCCCUCAAUAGCCACACUCUCCAUGGUGGCUCCUCUGGUGGCAGUGGACCCUCGGCGGCGCAUGCUCUGCACAACAAUAACAAUAAUACCACGAAUAAUAACAACAACAACAACAAUAGUUUGAAGCACGAAGGCAUGAAUGGAGGUGGUGGAACCAGCAGUGGCCAUGACGAUAGCCUCAACGAGGAUGGCAUCGAAGAGGACAUCGAUGAUGUGGACGAUGCCGAUGGCAGUGGCGGCGGCGGUGGCACCGGUCCCGAUGGUCUGCCCAACAAGAAGCGAAAGCGCCGAGUGCUCUUCACCAAGGCCCAGACCUAUGAGCUGGAGCGAAGAUUCCGCCAGCAGAGGUAUCUAAGUGCGCCGGAGCGAGAGCAUUUGGCGAGUGUGAUACGAUUGACGCCGACACAGGUGAAGAUCUGGUUCCAGAAUCAUCGCUACAAGACGAAGAGGGCCCAGAACGAGAAGGGUUACGAGGGACAUCCGGGCCUGUUGCACGGACAUGCCACACAUCCGCAUCAUCCAUCUGCCCUGCCAUCACCGCGUCGCGUUGCCGUUCCAGUGCUGGUGAGGAAUGGGAAACCCUGCUUGGGUGAUGGCUCCAAACUGGGUCCCGACUGUGUCUCGGCCACGGCCACGGCCAUGCAGAAUGCAGCGGCUGCCCAUCAUUUGGUGGCCUUGAAUGGAGCGGCUGCCUAUCAGCAUGCAGCGGCUGCAGCCGCCGGAUUACAUGCCCACGCCCAUGCCCAUGCCCAUGGACAUGCCCAUCCACAUGCCCAGAGGGCCUGGUGGCCCUAAUAUUGUUAGAGGAGAGGAUCUGGUGGUGUGUGGAGCUGGGAUCUUCAGGGGCCUGGAGCCACUCGAAUAGGUGGAUCGCACAGGGAUCCCCUUGGUGCAAUAAAACAGAGAGAGAUAUAGAAAUAGAAAGAGAAGGGGAAGAGCA